UAUUAAUCUUGUUAUACAAGAGAGUUAUUUAAGAGAUAAAUCAAUUUCUUCAAAUCAAUAGAAAAAUAAAAAAACAUGAAGAAAAUUUUGUAAUAAUUUCUUGUCCAAUUCAUACAAUUGAACGACUACAGCAAAAUGUUUCGUACUAUUCAGAGUUACUAAAUGUACAAAGUAAAAAAUAGCAAUUUCUUUUUAAUGUACAGUAAAUUGAGGACAUUAAACAAUCAUUUCUAUCCUAUCUUCUCAUUUCAAAUAAAACACACAUUUCUUUAUCUAUUCUUCUUCUUCUUCGCUCUCUUCUUCAUUUUUCAGCUGGAAUUUAUAGCGUUCUACUUUUUUUUCCAUAAGUUAUUUAAUCCUUUAUUACGAGGCUGAAUGAGCACAAAGUAGACAAGUAUUUUUCUAAUAGUAGGAUAAUUGACAAAAGGUAGCUCUCUCACAGCUAUUAAUGCUUGAGCUGAAUAUUCAAAAAUGAAUAAAACAUGAAGGCCUGUAUGCAAAUGUAUUAUUUAAAAACAGUCAUUCUCGCCUAUCUUGCCAACUUACUGCAAACGGUUACUUUAAAUUAUAGUAAAUAAAAAUUUUAUAUGAUUAUCAUCUAGGAUCAGGAGAUUUAUAAAAAAUAUUGAAUUUGCUUUUAACGAUGCUACGAUUCUUUCAAGUUCUAACAUAUAGUUGCUGUAUUUUACUAUCCUAUAGUAAAUUAACAGAAGAAAUUGAAUCAGCUAAAGAUUUUUUAGAGUCUUACAAUAGAGAAGCUGAAAUCGAAAAUACUCUUUUAUAUAAUGCAAUAUGGAAUUGUUACACAAAUAUUACCGAUUAUAAUCAGAAUUUGAUGACAAAAGCCCAACAAAGGUUUGCCCGUUUUGGAAAAGAUAAAUGGGAAAAAUUAAAAAAAUGGAAUUGGAGAAAUUUCACGGAUGAAUAUAUAAGAAGACAAUUUCAAAAGAUUUCCGAUGUAGGCGAAUCCGUUCUAUCUAACGAAAAAUAUCAAAGAUACUCAGAAAUAAAAUCGGACUUGGAAAAAUUAUAUUCAACGGCAAAAGUUUGUAAAAAACCUGGAGAUUUAAAUCCAGAGAAAUGUUAUAGCUUAGAACCAGAUUUAAAUCAAUUAAUGGCUAAUUCGACUAAUUGGGAUGAAUUAUUGUGGGCAUGGAAAGGUUGGAGAGACGAAACUGGUCAAAAAAUGUAUAAAAUGUUUGACGAAUAUGCUGAAUUAUUUAGAGAAGCUGCUCGAAUUAAUGGAUUUGAAAAGGCAGAUGAAUAUUGGAAAAGUUGGUAUGAAAUGGAUAAUUUUGAUUCCGAAGUUGAUCGUUUAUACGAGCAAAUAAAACCGUUUUAUCAACAUCUACAUGCGUACGUAAAAAGAAAAUUAAAGAAAACGUUUAAAGAUAGAAAAUUUCCGGAUAGUGACCACAUACCAGCUCAUUUAUUAGGAAGUAUGUGGUCAAAUAGUUGGGUAAACAUUUUCUCUCAAGUUGCCCCUUUUCCAAAUAAAACUAACAUCGAAGUUACGAAAGAGAUGUCAAAUCAGAAAUAUACAGUGAAAAAGUUGUUUAACAUAUCGGAAGAGUUUUUCCUAUCAUUAAAUUUAAAAGCAAUGCCUAAAAGUUUUUGGAAAGACUCUAUGCUUACUAAACCACAGGAUAAUAGAACUGUUUUUUGUUUUCCCUCGUCGUGGGACUUUUACAAUCAAAAAGAUUUUAGGAUACUGCAAUGUACGGAGAUAAAUAUGGAAUGGUUAGUUAUAACUCAUCACGAAAUGGGUCAUAUUCAAUAUUUUCUUCAGUAUAAACACUUACCAGUUGUCUUUAGGGACAGUGCUAAUCCAGCAUUUCACGAAGCUAUCGGAGAGCUAUUAGCUUUGUCUGUUGUUACACCAGAAUACCUACAAAAGAUUGAUCUAUUACCAAAAAUAAACAAUGAUUUAGAUAUGGAUAUUAAUUUUUUAAUGAAUCAAGCCUUAAGUAAAUUGACAUUAAUACCAUUUGCCUAUUCAUUGGAAAAAUGGAGAUGGGGAGUUUUUAAUAAUAAUAUAAAAAAGGAAGAAUAUAAUAAGGCAUUCUGGAAAUUAAAAUGUAAAUAUCAAGGAUUAUCACCUCCUAUAAAAAGACAUGACCAUGAUUUAGAUCCAGGUUCCAUCGUUCAUGUACCGUAUGGCGUACCAUAUAUUAGAUAUUUCAUUAGCCAUAUUGUUCAAUUUCAAUUCCACGAAGGUCUAUGUAAAGCUUUAAAGCAUAAAGGACAACUACAUCGCUGCAAUAUAUUCAAGUCUAAAGAAGCUGGUAGUCUAUUGAGUAAAAUGAUGAAGCUAGGCUCAUCUAAGAAAUGGAGCGUAGCCAUGGAAAUUAUUACGGGUCAAUCAAAGAUGGACGGAAGUUCUUUACUAAAAUAUUUUGAACCACUGAUAAAAUAUCUCGAAGAAGAGAACAAAGGUCAUAAGAUAGACUGGAACGAAGAGUGUUCAGACAGCUAUAAACUAGUAUCGAUCAACGGUAAACGAGAAAAUUUACUUGCCGAAUAUAUUAAAAUACAACUUUUUAUGAUAAUUUGUAUUAAUUUAUGUAUUAAUCAAAUAGUAAUAGUAUUUUGAAUAUAUAAAUAUUCAAAUGAUUGACAAAAUGAAUGUAUUUUCCUUAGA